AUGCUUGCAGUGUCUACUGCAGUGGAGGGCUGGCAGGGGUCUGUUGAGCCGACUGCUGCCGCUGUGCAACGGGUGUCUGUGCCAUUGUGUUGCUUAGACAGCUCCACCGUGGCUCUGCAGGAGCACGUCCUAGGUUGCUUCAGCCCUGCGCAAAGACUCCAACCGGCAACCCCGGGACUGCUGUGUGACGUUUGCGGCGGUGCGGUGCAGUUGGCUGCAUCAUCUGCCUUUGCUGGCUUCUCGCCUUCCUGGCCUGCUCCGAUCCUUUCUGGCAAACAUGUGCUGUUAGUGGAGCUGCAAACGGCCCGGGGUCCGCAUGGUGUGUCUGUGGGCGGAUGCCGCUCGGUGACUGAGCCGAACGUGAUCUCUGUGCAGGGCGGGUCCGCCUCGUCCGUCGUGCGUGAGCCUGCAGCAGUCCCUCCCGCGGGAGACGCAGAGCUAACGCAGGUUGAGGGCGUGGAAGAGGAGGCAAGCUGGGGCAGCCUGUUGCACAACACUCCCGACGCUUUCAACCGCGUGUUUGCUCGCAUAUAUCACCAAAGCCCGGAGCGCGCCCGUGUGGUGUCGCGCUACAUGCUUGCAAACAUGGUCCGCUUCCCUGAAGCCAGCAUACAGCAGACACUUCCCGAGGUGCAUGGUCGCUAG